AUGGGAGUCCCUUCACUCUUUAGAUGGAUCGCUAAAAGAUACCCCAAGGCAAUAUACACAGCAGCUAACCAGGACGUAGACAAUCUGUACCUGGAUCUCAACGGCAUAAUACACCCGUGCUGCCACCCCCGGAACAAAGAAGGCCCUUCAUCAGAGAGAGAAAUGUUUCAAGAAAUAUACAAGACAAUAGACCAUCUGGUGGCAAUAGUUCGGCCGAAGCAGCUGCUGUACAUUGCUGUCGAUGGAGUGGCACCGCAGGCCAAGAUGAACCAGCAGCGCGAGAGAAGAUUCAAAGGAAAAGACGAAGAAGAGCACAAUCCGGGCUUUGAUCCGAAUGUUAUUACGCCAGGUACACCAUUUAUGUACGCGCUGCACUGCGGGAUUAUUAAAUACAUAGAGAGCAGACAGUCUGCAGGAACUAACGGGUGGAACCAGCUGGCAGUGGUGUACAGCGGAUGCGAUGUUCCUGGGGAAGGAGAGCACAAGAUAUACGACUUUGUGCGGAGUAUAAAGGGAAGUGGCGUAAGACAUGCAAUAUGCGGGCUAGACGCGGAUUUAAUAUUCCUCAGUCUGGCAUCGCACGAAAAAUCCUUCAAAGUCCUUCGAGAAGACGUCUUUUACUUGGAGAGAGAAGAAAGAUCAACCUGCAAUCACUGCAAGAAAGACGGGCACAGAACAGGCAACUGCAUUCCUGCAGAGUUUCCUCCGUACAUCUACUUAGACAUUGACAUCAUCAGAAAAUAUUUAUACAGCGAGUUCACUGCGGCUAUUAACGCAAAGUUUGACUUUGAAAGGAUUUUAGACGACUGGAUAUUUGUGUGCUUUUUUGUGGGGAAUGACUUCCUGCCUUCCAUUCCCUCUAUGGACAUUAAAGUGAGCGCAAUUGAGACAAUCAGCAUGUCCUAUGUUAAAAAUCUGCUUGUCAGACGCGAGUAUUUGAUCAACAAAAAUAAGAUAAACAUAAACGAGCUGAUUGUUCUUAUGGAUACGCUGGGAGCCUGCGAAGAUAAACUGCUGCGCGCCAAAUUUGCUGGGUACAUUAAAAAUACAAAGAGAAAGGGAGAGUCCCCAAGAGAGGAAGACUUGCGAAUCAAAUUGUUUGAAGAAAAAGGAAAGAACGAAUACUACAGCAGGAAAAUGCACGCAAAUUCGCCUGCUGAGAUUACCAACGCGUGCUUAGAGUACGUCAAGGGGCUCGCAUGGGUGCUGCACUACUACCACAAAGGAUGCCCUGCCUGGGGGUGGUACUAUCCCAUGCACUUUGCCCCGCUGGCGCAGGAUAUUUCAGAUGCUCUGCGCAAAAACCCGAACAUCUUAUUCGACUUUGAGCUGGGGGCUCCCAGGAAGCCGCUAGAACAGGUGAUGGCUGUAAUGCCUCCUGCUUCAUCCCACUGCAUUCCUGCGGGGCUGCAUCCUAUUUUCAAUGAGAUGCCUGAUAACUACCCGGACAGUGUGCAGGUGGACAUGUUCGGGAAGUCGCAGCCCUGGCAGGGCGUUGUGCUACUUCCUUUUAUGGACUGUGAUAAGCUGAUAGGCCUAGUUAAAAAAUAUUCCCAGAACAUUUCCAUGGACGAGAUAUACAGGAAUGUGGAGGGACAGGAUCUGCUGUUUAUUCCGAUGGCAAACAAGAACUAUACGCUUGCUGAAAGCGUGUACACGAACUUCUCCAAGACAUCGGGGAUAAAGAUCCUCAGCAAAUUCUAUAGUGGAAGGGCAACCAUUCACUCGCAGGCCAGCAUCCCCGGGUGCCAGGAAAAGCUUGUCGAAGAAUCAAAGAAUUUUGUUGUUAAGUCUAUUUCCGUUGUUUUUGCUCCAGCUAAGAAGCAAAUAUACUAA